UCUGCCAACCUUCAUUGCAAUACAAUGUAACAUGUCAGGACGGAUAAUUAUCUCGUCCCCCCAUGAUAAAUCUCGAGUUUUUGAUUCUUAUCUUUAUCAAGCCUACAUAGUUCUCUUUCGUUCGAACAGAGAUACUUCGUUUUCUUUGCCAUUCACACAACUUCAAAGCAUGGAUACUACUAAGGUUUCUCGCUCGACGUAUUUAGUUUCAUCGCAAAUUCUUCUGCCAUUGCAAUUAAUUGUAAUCGUCGUAGGUUUUACUUCUCUAUGCUGUGCCUUUCAGCGUCUAUACCUCCAUCCGCUGUCCAAAAUCCCAGGACCAAGGCUAGCUGCCGCAACAUCCUGGUAUGAAUUUUAUUACAACGCCAUUCGAGAUGGAAUAUAUACCAGGAGUUUUGAAAAAAUGCAUACAGACUAUAAUUCUUCGGUUGUCCGAAUUGCCCCCAAUCAUGUCCAUGUCAAUGAUCCGGAAUUUUAUUCAAAAAUGUUCAACAACAGAACAAUUUAUCGAAAGGACCCAGGUUUCUAUAAGCAGAUAAGCGUGUCGGAGUCUAUUCUUUCCAUACUAGACCCACACGAACACCGUCUACGGCGACAAAAAGUCAACUCUUUAUUCUCGAUAAAAGCUGCAGAUUCGAUGGCACCAGAUAUCCUCACAAUUGCUCAGAAAGCGGCCAACAUCAUGAUGAAGCGUGGAGAAGAGAAAAGACCUAUUGAUAUGCAUCGACUCUGUCGCUCUAUUUCUUCGGAAGUAUUAUUUAAGAUACUCUUUGAUGAACCUCAAGAUCUCCUUGACUCACAGGAAGAGCACCCGGAUUUGUUGACAAGCAUGGACGGCUUCUUAAACAAUUUUUGGAUAAUGAAAGCAUUCCCCGCCGUUGGGUGGCUGGCAACAAACCUACCUGAGUCGCUAGCCCAGAAGGCAGUUCCCGGGUUUAAAAGUAUUAGAGAUAAAUGUGGAAAAUGGGCCACAAUGGCUGUUGCACGACAGAAUUCACGCGAAAUCAUCAAAAAUGACUCGUCAUCAAAUACUGUCUUCGAUCUUCUUCUCGCUCCAACUCCCGAGGAACCGCGUUCCGAAUUUUCAAUACCAGACUUAGUAGACGAGGCGUUCUUAUUCGUAUUUGCAGGUACUGACACAACAGGAAGCACGAUUGCAAAUGCUUUGUACUAUAUUCUCUCUUCGGCAUCUGUUUCUUCUAAUUUACUAGGUGAACUAAAUUCUCACGGCAUCACAUCCCACGAAACUUUUGAUUGCAACCUGGUUCAAAGAUUACCAUAUUUGACGGCAGUUGUCAAGGAAAGCAUGCGGGUUCACACUAUGGUGCCAGGUACUCUCCCGCGUAUUGUACCCGAUGGGGGAGUAGUUGUGGAUGGACAUUUCAUACCAGCAGGUACAAGCAUCUCACAAACCAAUUUAUCACUCCAUCACAACGCAUCUAUCUUUCCUUCACCUGAAAAAUUUGACCCCGAAAGAUGGUACAGGGACGAAAAGAAAGUGUUAGAAAAGCAUUUUGCCCCAUUUAGCAAAGGUUCGAGAAGCUGUCUUGGUAUGAACCUUGCGAAUAAAGAAAUACAUAUAGUAGUUGGGCUUUUCAUUUCCCGGUUCGAAAUGGAGCUUUAUGAGACAGACGCUAGGAGUAUGGAGUGGGCAGAUCGUGCCAAUGCGGUCAAUAAAUCGACUGUUAAAGUGCUUGUUAAGCGCGAUAGAUGGGCCGAUAAUUAGUGAUAUGCUUGAAAUAGCUGAACUUCUUCGAUGAAGAAGUCAGGCUGAAAACAAGCUCAAAACAGCGAAAGCAUAUCACCUCUACUAGCAUAUACUUCCUACACUCAGUAUGGUCGAAUUGAAGCAUGAAAAUAAAAAAA